AUGCCGCGCGGCGCCGCCUGGGUGCUGCUUAUGGCAGCGGCCCUGGGGCUCGCGGCGCGCGGGGUCAGCAGCGCGGUGGCCCUCGCUGACUUUUACCCGUUCGGCGCGGAGCACGGCGACGCGGUCACACCCAAGCAGGACGACGGCGGCUCGGGGCUGAGGCCGCUCUCUGCGCCCUUCCCGUUCUUCGGCGCCCAGCACUCCGGCCUGUAUGUGAACAACAAUGGGAUUAUCUCCUUCCUGAGGGAGGUCUCCCAGUUCACACCGGUGGCCUUUCCCAUCGCCAAGGACCGCUGUGUGGUGGCUGCCUUCUGGGCCGACGUGGACAACCGGCGUGCAGGGGACGUGUUCUACCGGGAGACCACCGACCCCACCAUGCUCCGCAGAGCCACAGGGGAUGUCAGGCGCUACUUCCCUGAGCUCCCGGACUUCUCCGCCACCUGGGCCUUCAUCGCCACCUGGCACCGUGUGACCUUUUUUGGAGGCAGUUCCUCCUCCCCCGUGAACACGUUCCAGAUUGUCCUUAUCACAGACGGCAAGUUCUCCUUCACCAUCUUCAACUAUGAGUCCAUCACAUGGACCACGGGCACACACGCCAGCAGUGGAGGGGACACCGUGGGCCUGGGGGGCAUUGCAGCCCAGGCUGGCUUCAAUGCAGGCGAUGGGCAACGUUACUUCAGCAUCCCCGGCUCACGCACUGUGGACAUGGCUGAAGUAGAGACCACCACCAACGUGGGCGUGCCCGGGCGCUGGGCGUUCAGAAUCGAUGAUGCCCAGGUGCGCGUGGGGGGCUGCGGCCAUACAACCUCUGUGUGCCUGACCCUGUACCCCUGCCUCAAUGGUGGCACCUGCAUUGAUGACUGCGUCCCCAGAGCCCCAUCCUACAGUUGCUCCUGCCUCUCAGGCUUCACUGGGCGGCACUGCCAGCUGGAUGUGGAUGAGUGUGCCUCCCAUCCAUGUAAGAACGGUGGGACCUGCACGCACAUGGUCAACAGCUUCAGCUGCCAGUGCCCAGCCGGCUUUAGAGGCCCCACCUGUGAAACAGAGCAGAACCCCUGUGAUGGCAAAGUGUGUGAGAAUGGUGGCCAGUGUGAGCUGGAGGGCAGCACAGCCGUGUGCGUGUGCCAGGAGGGGUACACAGGCGCAGCUUGUGAAACAGAUGUGGACGACUGCGACUCAGGCCCUUGCCUGAAUGGAGGCUCCUGCGUUGACCUGGUGGGGCACUUCACCUGUGUGUGUGCGGAGAGCUUCUCUGGGCCUCGCUGUGAGACAGGAAUCCGCCUGGAAUCUGUUGGCUGUCGCUCAGCCCCUUGCCAGAAGGGAGGCAUGUGCGUGGGUGCUGACCAGAGCUUUGUGUGCAAGUGCCCCAGGGGCUUCGUGGGUCCCCACUGUGGAGAGAGACUCUCUGACUGUGAAUGCCGCAAUGGAGGCAGGUGCCUGGCUGCCAACAGCUCCCUCUGCCAGUGCCCCCCAGGUUUCUUCGGGCUUCUCUGUGAGUUUGAGGUCACGACCACACCCUGCAACAUGAACACCCAGUGUCCUGACGGAGGCUACUGCAUGGAGUACGGCGGGAGCUACCUCUGCGUCUGCCACUCGGAACACAACGUGAGCCACUCCCUGCCGUCACCCUGUGACUCGGACCCCUGCUUCAAUGGAGGCUCCUGUGAUGCCCACGAGAACUCCUAUACGUGCGAGUGCCCACGGGGCUUCCAUGGCGAGCAGUGCGAGAAAGUUAGGCCCCGCCUGUGCAGCUCAGCGCCCUGCCGGAACGGGGGCACGUGCAAGGAGGCCGAGGCCAGCUACCUCUGCAGCUGCCCCUACCGCUUCACUGGACGGCACUGUGAGAUUGGAAAGCCAGACUCGUGCGCCUCGGCACCUUGCCACAAUGGCGGCACCUGCUUCCACUACAUCGGCAAGUACAAGUGCGAGUGUCCACCGGGCUUCUCUGGCCGCCACUGCGAGACCGCCCCCUCCCCCUGCUUCCGGAACCCGUGUUUAAAUGGGGCCACUUGCGAGGACCUGGGCACAGACUUCUCCUGCCGGUGCCAAGCAGGGUUCACUGGGCACUGGUGCCAGGCAGCAGAAGUGGACGAGUGCCGCUCUCAGCCCUGCCUGCAUGGGGGCUCCUGUCUGGACCACAUAUCCGGUUACCAGUGCAUCUGCAGGACAGGCUAUGAGGGCACCCACUGUGAGAGGGAGACUACCAUGUGUGCCUCACAGCCCUGCCAGAACGGGGGCUCCUGCAGGGACUUCCGGGGAGCCCUCCUCUGCGAGUGUCCAUCAGGCUAUGUUGGGGUCCACUGUGAGACAGAGGUGGACGCCUGCGACUCCAGCCCCUGCCAGCAUGGAGGGGCCUGCAAGAACGACCAGGGGGCCUACCUGUGCGUGUGUGCUGAGGGCUUCUUUGGCUCCCACUGUGAGACAGUGAGUGACCCCUGCUUCUCCAGCCCCUGCGGGGGCCGUGGCUACUGCCUGGCCAACAACGGGUCCCACAGCUGCACCUGCAAAGUGGGGUACACUGGCAAGAACUGCGCCCAAGAGCUUCUCCCACCCACGGGCCUCAAGGUGGAGCAGGUGGAGGAGAGCAGAGUGUCCAUUUCCUGGCUGCCCCCUGUGGGCGCGGCAGCCCAGCAGAUGCUGGAUGGCUAUGCAGUCACUUAUGCCUCCGCUGAGGGCACUUUCCGCCGUACGGACUUCGUGGACCACGGCCACUCAGCCCACCAGCUCCAGGCACUGGCAGCUGGCCGGGCCUACAGCAUCUCUGUCUUCUCGGUCAAACGAAACACCAACAACAAGAAUGACAUCAGCCGGCCCGUGGUGCUGCUGGUCCGCACGCGUCCCCGCCCUGUUGAGGGUUUUGAAGUGAUCAAUGCAACAGCCAGCACCAUCUCAGUGCGCUGGGCUCUGCACCAGAUCCACCACACCACAGUCACCAAAGUCCGAGUGUCCAUCCAUGGCCCUGAGGCUGGUGGAGACCAGUCUGUUGACCUGGACAGGAGUGUGGACAAGUUCACAUUCAGGGCCCUGCAACCAGGAAGGAGGUACACGGUCCAGGUCGUGGCCCUCAGUGGCCUCAGCCCCAGGGAGGCCCCUGCCGAGAGUCAGCCUGCUGCACCGCUGCAUGUGUGGACACGGCCCUUGCCUCCAGCAAACCUGACAGCUGCCCGGGUUACAGCCACCUCUGCCCACGUGGUCUGGGAUGCCCCUUCCCCAGGCACCACCCUGGAGGCUUACGUCAUUAACGUGACAGCCAGCCAGAGCACUAAGAGCCGCUAUGUCCCCAAUGGAAAACUGCUGUCCUAUGUGGUUCGUGACCUCACACCCGGCUGGCGCUACCAGCUCUCUGUGACAGCCGUGCAGGGCACUGAGCAGGGCCAGGUGCACAGCGAGCCCGCCCACUUGUACAUCAUCACCUCCCAGCGGGACAACAGUGACAGACAUUGGCGCCAGGGCGGACACCCCCGUAUCCUCAGAAACAGGCCUCCUCCAGCUCGCCUGCCCGAGCUACGCCUGCUCAGUGACCGGAGUGCCCCCGAAACACCAACCCAGCCCUCCAGAUUCUCAGAGGUGGUGGACGGCAGACAACGUGUGAGUGCCAGUUUUGGCAGCCUGUCCAGCAAGCCAGUGACCAUGAGGACCGAACCCACAGCCUUGGCUCAGCUGGAGAAUCCAGUGGAGGUCCCAGAGCCCAUCAGCCUGGCCCUGCAGCUGUCUGAGCAAGGCGACAAGGACAGUGAGCAUGGUUCCAGGGACUGCUUGAAAAACCCCUGUCAGAAUGGGGGCACCUGCGUGGAGGGUGCCAACACCCACACCUGUACCUGUAGCCCAGGCUUCAAAGGCCAGCACUGCGAGCUUGCCUGCACUAAGACGCCCCAACCCUGUACACGCCUGUUCUCCGAGACCAAGUCCGUACCAGUCUGGGAAGGUGGCGUCUGUCACCAUGUGUAUAAAAGAGUGUACAAGGUUCACCAAGACGUGUGCUUCAAAGAGAGCUGUGAGAGGACCAGCACCACCAAGACCCCAAACAGGUGA